CGACUGCAAAAAUACAAGAUCGGCUCGCCGCUACCGGCAACUGAAGCUUCUGCGACUCGUCGCGUUGCAAUACGUCUGCUAUUUGUUCUAGUUUUCGUUGCCCACCACGGCCCUCGCCAAGGCUCUUUCUUUGCUGCCCCUCACCUGCUUAUCGCUUGGGUGUUUCAAACCGGAUCUUCGAUAGCAUUGGCGCUCUAGUCACAGUAUACGUCGCCCAAAAUGUCAACCCACCGGCCGAAUGCUUUUAAUAGCUUGCGGAUGGGAGAGGUCAUCCGCGAGAGAGUUCAAGAUGGUGUCACGGGCGAGACUAGAGAUCUGCAGUACACUCAGUGCAAGAUUGUUGGAAAUGGCUCGUUCGGUGUUGUCUUUCAAACCAAGCUUUCACCCUCCGGCGAAGAUGCUGCCAUCAAGCGAGUUCUCCAAGACAAGCGAUUCAAGAAUCGUGAGCUCCAAAUCAUGCGAAUUGUUCGACACCCAAAUAUUGUUCAGCUGAAGGCUUUUUAUUACUCGAACGGCGAACGUAAGGAUGAGGUCUAUCUCAACCUGGUCCAGGAAUUUGUUCCUGAGACCGUCUAUCGGGCCUCUCGUUUUUUCAAUAAAAUGAAGACCACCAUGCCCACGUUGGAGGUCAAGCUGUACAUCUACCAGCUCUUCCGAGCCCUGGCCUACAUUCACUCCCAGGGUAUCUGUCACAGAGACAUUAAGCCUCAAAACCUCCUCCUCGAUCCCAACAGCGGAAUUCUUAAGCUGUGCGACUUUGGCAGUGCUAAGAUCCUGGUCGAGAACGAGCCCAACGUCUCAUACAUCUGCUCGCGGUACUAUCGUGCACCCGAGCUCAUUUUUGGUGCUACUAACUACACCACCAAAAUUGAUGUGUGGUCCACCGGAUGUGUCAUGGCCGAGCUGAUGCUUGGUCAGCCUUUGUUCCCAGGUGAAUCUGGUAUUGACCAGCUAGUUGAGAUCAUCAAGGUUCUCGGCACGCCGACUCGGGAGCAGAUUCGCACCAUGAACCCCAACUACAUGGAGCACAAGUUCCCGCAGAUUAAGCCGCACCCCUUCAACAAGGUCUUCCGAAAGGCUGAUGCCAAUGCUAUCGAUCUUAUCUCCCGAUUGCUGGAGUACACGCCAACCGAGCGUCAGGCUGCCGUUGACGCCAUGGUGCACCCCUUCUUCGACGAGCUCAGGGAUCCUAACACUAAGUUGCCAGAUUCCCGCCAUGGAACUGGUCAACUGCGAGACUUGCCAGAUCUCUUUGACUUCACUCACCACGAACUCUCCAUCGCCCCCCAGCUCAACCAGCUUCUCGUACCAGCGCACAUGAAGCCCGUUCUAGCGGCCCGAGGACUUGAUAUUGACAACUUCACGCCGAUGGCGAAGCAAGACAUGCUGGCCAAAUUGGACUGAGCCACAUGCCGGCUAGAUGGAGUUUGGUAGGCUACUGCUGCACUCGUCGAAGCGCUUGGUGUCUCUGGAAAAAUAAAUCCUGUUCUCGCUCCAGUGCGGAGCUUUGGGUGAUGCCGAGGGUAAUGGCUCGCUGCUAUACUUAGGCCAUGCUGAGAGAAUGGCGGAUGGGAUAUACGCCCAAAGCUUUUGCUGUGUUGGAGCCUACGUGCUCAGCACCAGGGGACAGGCGAGAUGGUUUUUGCGGUCUGUUGUGGAAAGGAGGGCUUCGGAAAUUGUCUCAAAAUUGGCAAGGAAUGGAGGCGUUUUAUUUUUGUUUUGGUCCCCUAAAAACC